AUGCUAGCGGGGCAGCUUUCAGAUUGUUGGGGAAAGUUUCAAUCUUUAGUAGUUUUGAAUUUGGCAGAAAAUAGAAUAUCUGGGAAAGUUCCCAACUCAUUCGGCACUUUACAACAAAUUGAAUCAAUCCAUUUAAAUAACAACAACUUCUCUGGUGAAAUUCCAUCUUUGAUUCUUUGCCAGAACUUGAAAUUAAUUGAUGUUGGUGAUAACAAUCUUCAAGGAACUUUACCGAUGUGGAUAGGUCAUCAUCUUCAAAAGUUGAUUAUUUUACGCCUGCGGGCAAAUAAGCUUCAAGGAAACAUUCCAACAAGCAUGUGUAAUCUAUCAUUUCUUCAAGUAUUGGAUCUCUCUAUAAAUAAUAUUACAGGGGAAAUACCACAAUGCUUCAGUAACAUACUUGCUUUAUCAAAUUUGAUGUUUCCAAGAAAAAGCUUUCACUAUGUCACAUCAUCAGUUUCCUAUACGGAGAGCAUAGUGCAUGAAAUCGGCUUCUUCAGCGACAAGGCAAAAUUUGCAUUGAAAGGAUCAAAUAGAGAAUAUGGAAAAAAUCUUGGAUUGAUAACAACAAUUGAUCUUUCUUGCAACCAAUUAACCGGUGAGAUACCCCAAAGUAUAACAAAACUUGUUGCAUUAGUUGGUUUAAACCUUUCAGGGAAUAAUCUCACAGGAAUGAUUCCCAACAACAUUGGUCAUAUGAAAAUGUUAGAAUCACUUGACUUGUCAAGAAACCAUCUUUCGGGUAGAAUGCCAACAAGCUUUUCAAAUUUGACAUUUCUUGGUUACAUGAACCUGUCGUUCAACAACUUAGAAGGCAAAAUUCCACUAAGCACUCAACUACAAACUUUUGAUUCCUCUUCAUAUGUGGGGAAUAAUCGACUUUGUGGACAACCGCUCAUAAAUCUUUGCCCUGGCGAUGUCACUUCUCCAACUAGAAGUCCAGAGAAACAACUCCCAGAUGAAGAUGAAGAUAAGCUCAUAACCUUUGGGUUUUAUGUUACCUUAGGGCUUGGUUUUUUUGUUGGAUUUUGGGGAGUUUGUGGAACUCUAGUGAUAAAAACAUCAUGGAGGCAUGCCUAUUUUAAAUUCUUCAAGAACAUGAAUGAUUGGAUCCAUGUCACACUGGCAGUUUUUAUGAAGAGGUUGAAAAAAAAUAUUUCAAGUCCAAGACUAACAGGUAAAUGCAUUAUUAAUAUACCUUCUAUAUAG